AUGAGAGGCGCUCGUCUCGGUGUGAAGGGGCCCUUAGGCAGUGCGGUGAGGUUCAUGAAUGCUCUCCCAGUGCCAGGCUCAGUGGGAUCAGCCAUCAGCUGUGAUCCGUGUGCGUCCUCUUCUCACAUCUUGGCCAAACUCUCCCCCAGCCCUCCCCUCCUCCGGGAGCGAGCCGAAGGUGUGAUAAUGAUGUUGGAAAAGCAGAGGUGA